AUGGUUGCACGGAUGCAAAUUGGAUUACUGCUUGCAGCGCUAUUCGUAAUAUCGAACGUUACCCCCGCUGAUAUUGAUGUGAUGUUUGAGAAAAUUGAGCAACUCAACGGGACAGAAUAUAUGGAUUUCCGUCGGAUUCGGGUACGUAAGUUCAACCGGACCGUCUCGGUGCUGGAUGGAACCUUCGAUCUGCUAAUGGUAGCUGAUAAUCGGUUUGAGAUGGCUGUCAAACUGGCGUAUAGUUCCAGAGGCAACAAUCAGUUCAACCAAUACCCGAUGAAGAUCGCUCCACAGCAAAUUUGUGACUUCUUCAAUACCACCUGGAGGGACUAUCAUCAGUAUUUUGAAGACAAUACCAACUUUCCGGAAAUCGGAGAAUGUCCGAUAACACCAAAGGAGUUUUACGUUAGAAACCACAUCCUCGAUUCGAGCAUGUUUCCACCCUAUCUGCCACGAGGCCUUUGGCGCAUGAGUUUGUUCAUGCAAACGAUUGACACGAAAUCCGUUCAUCUUCUUGUCGACGUUCUAUUCAAAGUGGCUGAUAGAGGCAUAUUCUAA